AUGCCUAUAAAUAGCUGGGGUUUACCCUUUUGCUGUCCAGUUUAUCUACAAAUAAAUUCCAUUGACAGGGAUAGUUUUCCUCAUUUGAUCUGAAGAUUUCUGACUGUGUGGAUUUUAACCAUGCAUCCAAAUAUCUCUCUGCCUAUCCAGUUUGUUGGAUUCAGUCGUUUUUUGCAAAGCAAAAACCAUAUAAUAAUUAAUGUCCAAAUGAAAUGGAUCAAAACUGAUGAAGAACAAUUCCUGGCUCUUCCUUCUUCAGGAACCACCAAAUAGACAACAGAACGCAAACGCUGAGUCGGACAUUUUGAACCAAUUGCAUGUUUUGCAGGCACGUAUCGAGAACCUUGAAGCUAUCAACAAUCGAGGGUUGUCGGUGGCGACCGAAUUGCAUGAUGAUUCAGUGGAUUUGCCAGCAAAGGAAGGCAAUGAUUUUCCCUUAUCUGAAUUUUUGAAAGAGAGAAGAGUAAAACGAAGGGUUUUUAAGAAAGGUCCUAAAGGAAAAAGAAGACACAAACCAAAGACUCUAGAAGCUACCCAGAUUGAAGGAGAAAUAGACAAUGAUGCGAUAGCAAAUAACCACUGGGCUUACGAAACUCUUUCAGGAACAUUUCACAAAUGGCAGUACGCAGAUUGGUUUUUUAAAAGCAAUGCGGAUGAUAAACAUUUUAAACUGCACUUCGGGAACGGUACACUAGAGGUGAUGCAACCAGGGUUGUACCUUUUGUAUUCUCAGAUAACUUUAAAAGGAAAUGGGACACAAGGAUAUCACGUUAUGAGGAAUGACAAGGAUCCAAUCUUAGCAUGCUAUUCGAACAACAUGAUGCUGCAUGAGGAGGACAAGACUUCUUGUUUUACGAUGGGCAUGUUUAAACUCGACAAAAGGGACAUCAUUUCUGUCAAACACAUUUCUACAUCGGGGGUUCGAGCCGUUUUUACUUCCAAUGCUUCCUUUUUUGGUCUUGUGAGGCUAGGAAGGUUCAAUAAGAGAGGUGUUGUCCUGGCUGUUUAACGUGAAAAAUAAGGAACAUUUAUAUUUUGAUUGCAAGAUAUACUUUUUACGAAUAAAAUGCAACUGCAAAUGUUGGCAUAAACUUAGUUGCAUUUCAAAACAUUUCAUUUUUCAUUUGUGAAAAUGUUGUAAAAGCUUCAUACUUUAAUCUACCUCAGUCAUUCAAUUGUAAAUAAGUUACUUAAUCGUUUAUUUUAUAUCAAGAUUGUAAAUAGUGUUAAAUGUUUGUUAUUGUUUUUGCUUAAUAUGAAAUAAAUAACGGAUUAAAAA